AAUCCCAACCUUUCCAGUUCACAAAGUGGUGAAUGGAGAACUGAAGGAUCUAAGUACAUGGGUCGAAUCUUUAGCCUACACUUUUUACUUUUCACGUGGCAGCUAGUAGUUGGGUCUCCGAGUCCCUGAAGUCUCUGACCAAUCUGCACUUAAAGAGACCCUACCCCCUUGUUUUUUCCCUACGCGAUCCUACCUCGAAAACCCAGAAAGCUUCCUCUCUCUUCCUAUGUAGCUGCGACUGCAACAGCGUCUGUAGGAGAGGAGGCAAGAAGACUUAAGACUAGAGAAGAGAAAACCCACCAAAAAGGUGGGACUAGAGAGUACAUAGCACAUUAACUCUAGACCAUAGAGUGAAGCACACAACUCUUACCUUUCCCAUGCGCCUCAACAUCCGGAACAGAACAGUUGUCACGUCCCUCUCUCUCUCUCUCUCUUGCUCUUCUCCUACCCAACAACCUCUCUCUCUCCCUUUUCAGUUCUUUCUUACCUUCUCUUCUGCUACUCAUUUAUGCCCUUUUCAUUUUAUAUUGAUUUCUCUCUCACCAUAUUUGUGAGAUGUGGUUUUAUGUUCGACAUCCAUAACCAGAUGGAGAAUUCUUAGGAAAAAAGAGUGAAUGACGCCCGGAAAAAGAGUCCCUUUUGUCUUCUUGGUUUUUGGUGUUAUGUUUCCCUCUCUUAGGGUUUGCUCCAUCAAAGCUUGUCGCACACUUCAAGUAUAGGAAUCAAUUCUCAAAUUUGCUCAUGCUUAUCUCGUUGACUACCUUGUCACUUGUUCAUUGUGUUGGUUUGCCUAUCUAAUUGUGAGCGUUUUGAGUUCUUCUUACUGAUGGAUGAUCACAGGGGUAUUGACUUGAACUCUUUGCCAAACACCGAGGUAAUGGAUUCUGAAGAUAAAGUUCUUGCUAAAGUUUUUGGCAUACAGAGUUUAUCUUCGAGUGCUCAGAGUACCCCAGAGAAAAAUGGACAUUCAGAUGCUGUCCCUAGAGGUCAGGAGCUCCUCCAAGAAUAUCUCAAGUCUGGUCCGAAGAAAGAAUUGCUUCGAACAUGCAUUGAUAAGGAAAAGAAACAUUCUGCCUCAUCAAAAUAUAAAACAAGUGAACAUGUCAGGACCAGUAACAAAGGAUGUAAGAACCAGGAGUUAAGAAAAACUUCUUCCAAUCACUCCACGUUGACCAACCAUCAGGCUCCUACAUCUAGGAAGCAACCGAGGAAGGGGGAAAAUCCUGUUCGACUUCCGCCGACCACAGAGCUGUCUCCAGAAUUUGGUUGUUCAAGCUCUUGGGUUUGUAAAAAUUCUGCAUGUAGAGCUGUCCUAACCUCAGAAGACACAUUUUGCAAGAGGUGUUCUUGCUGCAUAUGUCAUCUGUUUGAUGACAAUAAGGACCCUAGUCUUUGGUUGGUCUGCACAUCUGAGUCUGGUGGGCGAGACUCCUGUGGGUCAUCUUGCCACAUAGAGUGUGCACUUCAACGGCAGAAGGUAGGGGUUGUCAAUCUUGGGCCAAUGAUGCGGUUAGAUGGGAGUUAUUGCUGUGCUUCUUGUGGCAAAGUCUCAGGGAUACUUGGAUAUUGGAAGAAGCAGUUGGUGAUAGCAAAAGAUGCUCGGCGUGUAGAUGUUCUGUGCCAUAGGAUAUCCUUGAGUUACAGGCUCCUGGAUGGGACUUCCAGGUUUGAAGAACUCCAUGAAAUUGUUGAAGAAGCUAAAGCAAAGCUAGAAACAGAGGUCGGUUCAAUUAGUGGAGUCUCAGCCAAGAUGGGUCGGGGCAUUGUUAGCAGGCUGUCUAUUGCUGGUGAUGUACAGAAACUAUGCUCCAUUGCAAUUGAGAAAGCAGAUGCACAUUUGAGCGCCAUUUCUAGUGCCAACCCACAUCUCAGAGAGGAUUCACUUCCUGCUGCUUGCAGGCUCCAAUUUCAAGAAGUGACAUCUGAGUCUCUUGUAAUUGUUUUGAAAGAACCAUGCUCUACAUCCUCUAAUAAUAUUAAAGGCUACAAGCUUUGGUAUUGCAAGAGCAGAGGAGAGUCGUACACCAAAGAACCUAUUAUUGUCCUUCCAAGAGCUCAGAUGAAAGUUUCAAUAUCAGACUUGCAGCCCUGUACAGAGUACACAUUUCGAAUAAUCUCAUAUACAGAGUCAGGAGAUUUGGGUCACUCUGAGGCAAAGUGCUUUACCAAGAGCGUGGAGGUAAUCCACAAGAAUUCGACUCCUGCAGUUGCUAUGGAUCAUAAGAAUGAGAACUCUCAUGUUGAAGGAAGUUCUUCUAGUGCCAAGGAAGAGCCAAGGGUGACCACCACAGGUGGAUCGUCCGGUUUCAAGGUCCGAGAUCUUGGAAAGGUCUUGCAUCUUGCUUGGGCACAAGAACACGGUUGCUUUGAUGGCUUUUGUAGUGCUGAUGUGGAAGAAUGUUGUGGCAGAGACAUUGUGAUAAAACGUGAAGAUAUGGAAGAAGAUCGACCUCGAAAUGUCACACGUGAACUCGAUUUAAAUGUUGUCUCAGUGCCUGAUCUGAAUGCAGAGGUAACUCCACCGUUGGAGUCUUCAAGAGAUGAAGAUAUUGGAUGCACUUCAGAACGUGUUGUCGAGGCUGAGGAUGAUGUUGUUUCCCAUGGGAUGGAGAAGAUUGAUAUAUCAAGAUCAAAUGGGAGUGGUGAUUCUCAGACGUGGACUGUUAGGCCAAUAAGAGAAGUGCCUGCUGUCGAGUCCCGAACAGAGUUGUGUAGAAAACGGGCGUCAAGCGCAGAUGAAGAAACAUUUGACUGUGAUAGCAUUCUGAUUAAUGGAUCAUCAUUCCCAUUAUUUAGUGGGGCUAGUCAGUUUGAUGAGACAUUUGAGUAUUGUGUGAAGAUCAUUCGAUGGCUGGAGUGUAGUGGUCACAUUGAACAUGAAUUCCGGAUGAAAUUCCUGACAUGGUUUAGCUUGAGAUCAACUCAUCAGGAACGUAGAGUGGUAUACACCUUUAUCCAGACACUGAUCGAUGACCCAAGCAGCUUGGCAGGGCAGUUGAUUGACUCCUUUCUGGAUAUCAUAUCCAGCAAGAGACCCCGGAAUGGUUUUUGUAGUAAGCUUUGGCACUGAAUCACUAGUGCAAUUGAAGAUUGCUUUAGCAUUUAGUUCUACUUCUCUUUUAUUCACAUUUUAUAGGCAAUUCAUGAUCAUCUUAGGUACUGAUUCUUUUCUGUUGGGGAACAAGAUUUUCAAUCUAAGAUCCUGCAGAAAUGGUUUUUGAUUCUUAUUCAAAGGGGAGGGUGGGGACCAGAGAUAUUUUGUAAAAGAUCUCUUUUGUUUGAACUUCGUUCUCCGGGCUUCUCCAUUGACAUCUUGAAGCAGUGGAAUUGUUUCAAAGUGGGUGUUUAGACUGUUCUGUUCAUAGAUAGCUAGAUUGGAGAUUGAUUUGAAGUUGCUUUUGAUUAUAUAUGUAUUGAAUUCUCUGAUUCAAUGGCUUCAUUGUUAAAAGCAAAAACUUGCAUUUUUUGCUGUA